AACCUCAAGAAGCAAGAAGGUGCAAAACAGUUCUCUUUGUGCUUCCGGUGCAUUGCUUCCUCGCGUUUCCGGAGACGGGGGGGCGGGGGCUCGCGUACUCUCGCGAGAGGCGGGAAAGAGCGCAGGGUUUGAAACAUGGCGGACGACGUGGAUCAGCAACAAACUACCAACACCGUAGAAGAGCCCUUGGAUCUGAUCAGGCUCAGCCUGGAUGAGCGAAUUUAUGUGAAAAUGAGAAACGACAGAGAGCUUCGAGGUAGAUUACAUGCUUAUGAUCAGCAUUUAAAUAUGAUAUUGGGAGAUGUAGAAGAAACUGUGACUACUAUAGAAAUUGAUGAAGAAACAUAUGAAGAGAUAUAUAAAUCAACAAAACGGAAUAUCCCGAUGCUCUUUGUCCGGGGAGAUGGUGUUGUACUAGUUGCCCCUCCAUUGAGAGUUGGCUGAAACAAAGGAUUUAUCCAUGUGGAAAAUAGUGUGUAUGAUUGCUUCUUUAAAUGUAGAAGAUAUUCAAAAGAGAAGCCUGCCUAGAUUUUGAUAUUAAGAAAUGACCAAGGAUUCUUCCACACCCGAAAUGAGUUGAUGUGCAGAUAACUCACAAAUUCUUAAGCAAAAUGGCAUGUUUAUUUUUCUCCACCCCUUCCAAUAAAUGUGAUCACCAAGAUGCAGAACUCUGUUUUCAGGAGUUGAUUUGCUCCAUUGUCUUUUCAGGCAGUUUGUUUUGUUUUUUUCUUUAAAUUAAAUUUGUUGUUUCCUUUUUUGA